UCUCCUCCAAUCUCAGAUCCAAAAGAAGAAACAGUGAAAAAUGUUGAAAGCAUCGAUAUCUACUACCCUUUAUCUCCAUCUAUGUUCUCUUGUUUUCAUGGCUAUAUUCUCGAAGCUGUUGCUUUCAGCAAAUUCAAGAACACAUCCAGCAGAUGUACAAGUUCUCGAAGAUCUGAAAAAGGGGGUGGACCCUCUUUCCAUUGCUUCCGGAUCUUGUUUGAGCUCAUGGGAUUUCUCCAUGGAUCCAUGCGACAACAUCUUCACUGACCAUUUCACUUGCGGCCUCAGGUGCGAUAGAGCCGUCUCUGGUGUGCUUCGAGUCACCGAGAUCACUGUUGAUCCAAUUGGUUACUCUGGUUAUCUCAGUUCACUUUCAUGGAACCUCCCUUUUUUAAACACCUUGGACGUCUCCGAUAAUUCUUUCUCUGGCUUAGUUCCUGAGUCGUUCUCCAAUUUAACUCGUUUGCGUCGACUAGGUCUCUCCGGGAACUCAUUCACCGGUCAAAUACCCUCUGUUCUUGGCUCACUCCCUCACCUUGAAGAACUUUACCUUGACAACAACCAUCUCCAUGGAACAAUUCCUUCCAGCUUUAACAACCUGACACGCUUGAAACGACUUGAAAUCCAACUAAACUACAUUUCUGGUGAGUUUCCUGAUCUGAGUUCACUAAAAAACCUUUAUUUUGUCGACGCUAGCGAUAACAACGUAUCCGGCGGAGUCCCAUCAACGUUGCCAUUAUCUCUCGUCGAUCUCUCAUUGAGGAACAAUAAACUAAGAGGAAAUAUUCCCAAUAACAUCGACAAGAUUAGGUUCUUACAAGUUCUAGAUCUCAGUCACAACAUGUUAUGCGGUGCACUAUCAUCAGUUCUUUUCAAGCAUCCGUCCCUGGAACAGCUCACGCUUUCUUACAACAAGAUUUCAUCAUUAAAAGUACCGGGUGACAAGGGUUUAAACAGUAGCUUAAUAGCUCUGGAUUUAAGCUAUAAUAAGCUUCGGGGUUUGUUGCCAGCUUUCAUGGCGUCGAUGCCGAAGCUAACGGCUUUAUCUUUGGAGCAUAACGAGUUCACGGGUAUGAUACCGGCUCAGUAUGCAGUCAAAGCUGCUGUUCCUGGGAACGAGAAUACUUCGUCAUUCGAGAGGCUAUUGCUUGGUGGGAAUUACUUGUUCGGGCCAAUUCCGGGUCCAUUGAUGGGUCUCAAACCGGGUUCUGCCGAUGUCAGCCUGGUGGAUAAUUGCUUGUAUAGGUGCCCCGACGCCUUCUUCUUCUGCCGAGGUAGGGAUCAGAAAUCCUUGGUGGAUUGUAAAACCUUUGGUCCUACAAUUCCUUAG